CAUUGUCGUACAAUACUGUAAAAUUUCAAUUUCCUUGGAAUAUGUGAAUAACAAAUCUUUGGUCCUAAUGACUUACCUUUCUUCAAUACUAUAUAUGGGUAUUGUAAAGUUAGGACUGGUUCUUAGUCAAAAUAAGGUUAAG